AUGAAGGAAAUCUCUUAUCUGUUUUUACUUUUGGGUGUCUUUUCCAUUCAGGGGAGUUCAGAAAAUGUGAAAGAGAAUUUGGCAUUAAGAGGGACGGCUGUACAGUCGAGCACAUAUAACAGCUGUGGGGCUGCACAGGCCAUCGACGGCAUCAGAUAUUCUCCUUCAGGUAAACCCACUCCAGAAGAAACCUAUAAAUACUGCUCCAUCACAUCAAAGGAGCUCAACCCGUGGUGGAGGCUGGACCUGCUGGAUUCUUACAAUAUUUCCAACGUGAUCGUCACCAACAGAGCCGACUGCUGUCUGGAUCAAACGACUGGAGUAGAGAUCCGCAUCGGAAACUCUCUGGAGAACAACGGCAACAACAAUCCCAGAUGUGGUGUCACUUCACUUGUCCCAGCAGGCAGUUCUGUCAGUUUCUCUUGCGGUGGAAUGGAAGGUCGUUAUGUGAACAUGUACCUUCCUAACAUCCAGCAGUAUCUCACACUGUGUGAGGUGGAGGUUUAUGGAACAGCCUCCUGUGAAGAGUCCAAAUGACCCAGCACCUGUGAGUAGAUGAUGGCUACCC